UUUAACGUUAUGCUUUGAAAAGGUUAUUACUUAAGUACAUACACACCUCAAUAGAUUUUUCAUUGAUUUACAUUGUAUACAUUUUUCCAACAAACUCUUAGACAAUUCAUUGCUUAUUUAUUCUGUCAAUCAUGGUAAAAGGGAGGGGCUUUGGUUGUGACGUUGCUCCGUGAUGCAAAGGUUAGAAAACGGAGAGGAAAAAAAGGGGAAAAAAAAAAACUUAUUUCAAGAUGGCGACGAAGAACUGCCUGUACACUGGAAAACAAUAGAAAUAGCACAGUAGGGCAGAGUUUGAUUGUUUGUUGUCGCGUUUUCUUUUUCAUCAGCAGUCUCAUCGGGAACAAGGAUCGGUCAGUGUUUUCUGUGGGACGUACCACUUAUAAGACUACAUUCGGGCAAAAGUGAAUGUAUCAUGCUUUGUUACUAAGCUAGUUAGCUAGCUAGCCAGCUAGCUACAUCCGUAGCUUGUAUAGUAGCCUACUGCUAUCUAACUAGCUUUUCGUUCAGAGGAGGCUAGAGAAUCAGCUGUUAGCCAAAGAGCUACUUUUUUAGAGUUUCAAAAGUUAGCUGGCUGAAGUUCUUCUGUUUUUAAAAUGACUGGGUGUUCUUGUUGUCGAAUACGGUUGUAUUGAACUCAGAGGGCACAACGAUUUUUUUAGUUUUGUUAACUGAGUGCAUAAGUAGCCACCGACUCUAUAAAAUAUCGUAUUAACUUUGCAAGGUAAAAACUUCUGAACUAGGGAUCCCGAGGAGUUUUCUGUAGGCAGUUAGCAGAUUGCUAACUAACAAAGCUUGUCUUGUUGGUUUUAAGUUUUUAGUUUAUGCGCAGGUAUUUUCUACACUUGCGUAUUCACAUGUUAAAAUGUUUUAAUACGUUCUUUUUUGUCGUGUGUUUUUGAGCAGUUUCGUCAGCAACUUCGGUGGGUGAAAGUUGGAAGUCAGUGUGCUUCUAAGAGCUCUUAGGGUAGGAUUGCGCACAGUUCUAUGUUUAGGAAACCUGUGUGGUUGUUUUACCUUGCGUCGUUUAUAUUUGCGACAAGGUCUAAAACAUAUUUACAGCUACUAAGAGGUGGAUUUCUUGGGUAUUCUGUAUGUGUUCAGUAUGCACUGUAACGAACCCCACCGUCUUCGACUGUGACUUGGUGUUCACUGUUGAUCGGUGGUAAAGUGCUAUUAUUGAUAGUAAGUCAUUGGUGAACAAGGUACUUCAAAGGCUAAGAUUGAAGACUAAGACUAACGUGUUCAGUUUGAAAGUGAAGUAGCAGACAGUUUGGAGAAGGGAGAUAAAGUAGUUACGGACGGCAAGACACUUCCAAAGACUAUUUGUACCCAUAGUUCUCGGAAAGUCAACGUUACACGCGUAUGUAGUACGGUAUUUAAUAACUUGGAACAUGUAACUAACUGUGUUAUCAGGAAAAGGCGCUCGGUCAGGGUGCAAGCUAUUUUAAAAGCCCAUUUUAUUGCAUUGUACAAAAGACUCGCAGUCAAAGCGACAAAAAUGGUGGCAGUCGUGUGUGUUUUGUAAAAGGCAGGGGGUAGAGACACCCACUCAGUGAAGAAGCACAUUCAGCAUUAAAAGUUGCUUGUAUCCGGAGCACCGAAAUUCGAGCCCCGGCGUUUACUAAACACGAUCAUUGAUGAUGGCGGAUUUUGUCAUGCCGCGGCAUAGCGCGGUGAUGGAGCGUUUACGCCGUCGAAUUGAACUCUUCCGACGGCAUCACACCGGCUGCGAGACCCGUUACGAUAACACGGCCAUGGAGCGGCUGGAAAUGGAACGGCAGCAGACCCUUGCGCUGCAUCAACGGUGUCUGCAGAGCAAGGCCAAACGGUCGAGUAAGCACAGACAGUCGCAGCCGACAUCCGAUCAGACGACUCCAAGAGGCUCGGGAACCGGGGGAGGCAACGCGGAGCUUGCCGACAACGGGACGCCUGGAGAGCCAAGCAGAAACAGCACUUUAAUUGCGCUGCAGGAGACAGUGAAGAGGAAGCUGGAGAGUGCUGGGUCGCCGCUGGGUCGCGAUCAGAUCAACGGCUUUGGCGACGGCGGCGGCGGCUACCCCCCCUCCAAGAAGGCCUGCAUGGAUGGUGCCCUGAGCGGCCUCAACGGAGCCUCCAACGGCGGCAACCGGGCUCUGUCGCCCCUGGACACCAAGCGUGGCAUUAACACAGACCUUGUGCACAACGGGACGCACGGUGGGGGCGGGGGGGUCGAGCAGAAUGGGACUGGAUUGGGUGGGGAUGGCGUGGGAGGGCGGGGCUCGGAGCAGGACAUGCGUCUGCUGAAGGAGCUCAAGCAGGAGCCCAUGGAUGAUAUUCUGCCUACGCCUGGAGGCCCCGGCAACAACAACAGCCUGUUCCCUGACCUCAACCUGAACGAACAGGAAUGGUCAGAGCUGAUGGAGGAGUUCAACCGCUCGGUGGCCUACGAGGACAUCCAGGACAUCUUCAACGACGCUCUUGAGGAUGGCAAGGACCCUGAGCUGGCCCCUGUGGGACCCCGCCAGACCCCAUCCCAGCAGCAUCAGUCCGGCCUACUGCCCCCGGAUCUAGCCAACAUCAAGACCGAGUUUCCCUCGGCUGCCUCCACAUUCGACCAGGAGCCGCGCACCUCCUCUCCCCACAUGAGGCAGACCCCCUCUGGGCCGGGCCUGCACAACAGCUCCCCCAUCACCAGUGCCGCUGGAGCCUCCGCGGCCUCCUCUCCGGCCCUGCCGGUUCCGCCGCAGCAGGCCCAGGCUCAGGGCCAGCCGCCCCGACAGCUCCAACAGAACCACCUGAUGUCGGGGCCCCCCAAGGACCUUUCCCCAGCCCAGCAGCUCAAGCAGCUGGCUGCACGCGAGCAGCAGAGACACCUGAUGCAGAGCCAACAGCAGCAGCAAGUGCAGAAACAACAACAACAACAACAACAACAACAACAACAGCAACAGCAGCAACAACAACAACAACAGCAGCAGCAGCAGCAACAACGAAAACAACAACAACAACAGCAACAGCAGCAGCAACCAGCAGCCAAGUUCCAUCCCCCUCCCAGCCACCCCUCGUCUUGGACCCAGGCAGCCCCCCCCACUCAGAGCCCACUGGGGGCCUCCGUGUACGGGCUGGAGAAGCCCACCAGCCCCUCCCUGUAUCAGCAGGACUUCCCCAACCCCAAGGCCAUGCUCAUGCCUGGCCAGCCGCCCAACAAGGGCUCCCCCAAAGCGGCCACCGCUGGGGGGUACAUGCAGCCCGGCGGGCACCCUGGCAUGCUGAGCCACCCGCCCCCGGGAGUGAUGGGACACCCCCAGGGCCCGGGGGGGCCGCAGGUGGGCAUGCCGGACUACAGCAACACCAAACCCCUUACCCACUUUGAGGCCGUGGCACAAGGGGCCCCCCAGGGGCCAGGCGGGGUGGCCAAUCAGAAGGCAGUUCUGCUCUCCAUGCUCCGGCAGCAGCAAGCCAUGAAGCAGAAGGCGGCAGGGCUCCCCUUCAGACCAAUGCAUAUGCCGCACCCACAGGACCAGGGAGCCUACCCGUCAGCGCCGCACGUCCCCGGCCCCGGCAACACCAUGGCCAGCCAGCAGGGGGGUAACCCCAUGGCCGGUAACCAUGGCAACCCGGCCUACCUGAGCAGCCAGGCGGCCCAAGUCCAGGCUCAAGCUCAAGCCCAGGCCCAGGCCCUGAAGCAGCAGCAACAGCAGCAGCAGCAGAUGCAGCUCAUGGAGCAGCAGCAGCAGUUCCUGAGAGUGCAGAGGCAACAGCAGCUGAUAGCCGGCGAACAGGAGAAACAGCGGCAGCAACAGGAGCAGCAGCUUCAGAGGCACCUGACCCGGCCUCCUCCUCAGUACCAGGACCAACAGAACCAGCCGGCCAAUCAGAACCCAUUCCAGCAACAGCCGCAGGUGUCCCAGUUCCCAGGUUCGUCUCAGCCAAUGAGUAAUGUGAACCCCCUGGGAGGCCCCGCCCCCGGCGCCCAGCGCAUGUUCCCCCAAAGCCAGGGCAUGAUUGGCAUGAGCGUGGGGCAGGGCGGCGGUCCCGGCCCGGGAGCUCCAGCGGCCGCUGGCCAGGCCGACAUGAGCCUCUCGUCGUGCGGCGGCCUCGACGUGCAGCAGGUGCUCUACGGAAACAUGCCCAUGCACCCGUCGCAGCACCCGGCGCAGCAGAGGCCCGGCAUGCCCAGCACGUUCCGCCAGAACGUCCUGGCCCAGCAGCAGCACCUCAAGAACCAACCCAAUGCCGUGCUGCUCAAACAACAGCAGCAGCAGCAGCAGCAGCAGCAGAUGGCACGCCUUCCCAACAACAUGCCCAACCCCAUGGCCAACAGCAUGAACGCUGCCAUGCCCGGGGGUAUGCAGGGUGGCAUGCCCACGCAGACACAGUCCUGGCAGCAGCAACAGCAGGCGGGUAUGCAGCAGGGUAUGGGCACCCAGCCGUCUUCCAGCAACGGAGGGAUGCCCGCAGGCUUCGCCAACCAGGGCUUCCAUAUGCAACCACGCAUGCCCAAGAUGCCCACUAACGGCCCGUUUGGGCAGACUGGCAUGGGCGGCAGGCCCAUGGGGGUCAUGAACCCGGGGCAGAUGAUGCCCGGCAUGCCCCAGCAAAGGACCAACAACCCCUCUCUGGGGCAGGGGCAGCCGGGGCAGCCACAGCCUCCCCCCCAGGCGCAGCUGCCUGACCUGUCGGCCUUCGGCCAGCCCCAGCCCGGUGGCGUGCCCAACCGCACGGCCGGCAUGCCCUGUGGCCAGGGCUACCAGGUCAGCAGGACAUCCAAUCAGCAGCUGCCUUUUGGCUACAGCGCCCAAUCGAGCGCCAGCCUGCCCAGUUUCCCGGGCGAGAGUGACUUGGUGGACUCGUUGCUGAAGGGCCAGGCCACGCAGGAGUGGAUGGACGACCUGGAUGAGCUGCUGGCCAGUCACCAAUGAGGGGGGGGGG